GAGACAGGCAGGCUGUUCUUCCUGUUUGGCCGAGGGAUUCAUUAUCGGAUUUCUCCCCACGGAAUUACUCUCUAACGGAUAAACACGUUUUUAUUCUGAGAGUCAGCUGCACGGACAGAGAUCAUGGGAGGGAUCAAACAAGAGCAGAGUGAUGCAUCACAGCAGCCCAAAGCUUCACAGACAGCGGAUCAACCCCCAGAAGAGCCCAAGAAAAGAGGCUGGCCGAAGGGAAAGAAAAGGAAGAAGGUGCUGCCAAAUGGUCCCAAGGCACCUGUUACAGGAUAUGUGCGCUUUCUGAAUGAACGGCGAGAACACAUGCGGGCCAGAUACCCUGAUUUACCUUUCCCAGAAAUCACCAAGAGACUCGGAGCAGAGUGGACACGAUUAGCUCCGAUGGACAAACAGCGUUAUCUGGAUGAGGCGGAACGAGAAAAGAUGCAGUAUGCCCAGGAACUGAAGGAAUAUCAGCAGACUGAGGCCUAUCAGAUCACCAGUGCUAAAAUACAAGACAAGAGGAUCAAAAAAGAAGACACACCAUCUGCAGUCAUUGGCACUAGUUCAGGAUCAUCCUUAACAAAGGCUUCUGACCUCUCAAACAGAUUUGACAUUCCUAUUUUCACCGAAGAGUUCCUCGAUCAGAACAAAGCUCGAGAGGCAGAGUUGCGACGCCUCCGUAAGGCCAACAUUGAGUUUGAGGAGCAGAAUGCAGUGCUGCAGCGGCACAUUAAGGAUAUGUACAAUGCUAAAGAGCGCCUGGAGGCUGAAUUGGGGCAAGAUGAGAAACGUACCCAGGCUCUCCAGCAACACUUGAUGGCCAUUAAGCACACACUGGUCAACAGUCUCUCAUCGGUGCCCUUGCCAGGUACUGGGGAGACAGCAUCUCUUGGAAAUCUGGAUUCAUACCUGAGUCGUCUCAGUGGAGUACUCGAGGGCAACCCUCAUAAACACCGUGCCCUGCUUACCCAGCUUUGUGAGGUCCUAUCUCACCUGGACAGUGAGAAGUUAUGAGGAGGCUGCAGACAGAGACACACCCAGUCUUGGAUCACGGACACGCGAGAGGCUUGGUGCUUUUAGGUCAAAUCAUUGCCAAUCAGCAGAGCAUGUAGAUAGGAACAGGUACUUCAGAACAACACACAUAAUCCAUGUCUGCAUGCCUAUAGUUUAUGAAUAUGUGUGGACGUGUGUAUUCCCACACAUACAUUUUGUGAAUGUAAGUCUGUGCAGCAGGGUUGAGGGGGCUUUACAAUUCAUAAAUGUCAUCAAAUAAAAUGUCAUUUUACUUUCUGAGCUGCCUUAAUUAAGUCUUUUGGGAGUCACCUUCCCCUUAUUGUGUAGUUAUCUACAGGUACAUGGCGUGUACAGCAAGCCUAAUUAUCAGUUUACUGUAAAUGAUUUGUGGCGUGUGUUUGGCGGAGGGAUGCAUAGGUACUUAUUUUUAAAAACUGGAAAGGGGUGAGUAUGCAUGGUGGAAUUUCUAUUGAUAAUGUCAGGUUCUGAAAUGGACAGUUUGUUUGCCAUGUUGUCAGAAAACUGAAUAUUUGUAUUUUUCCAGAUGUUCAUUAAACC